GUAGACACACCUGAAUUUUUUCCAUUCAUGGGAAAGGUGAGUUACGUAGUAAAUGGCAAUAGAUUCCGUCAGAUUUAAAGGUCAUAAACACAUAGUAAUUUAAAAAGUAGAACGGCAGUACCUCCUCACGGAUCAUUCAAUACCGUGUAAUCGUUCAGGGAGGAAUCUCAGUGACGAAACAUCAAUAAAAUCAUCGGAGCAUCCCUAUCACGCAUGACCAGUUCGACCCUCCCAGUCACAUCGCCUUCUUACCAGACUUUUGGAAGCAUGUGUGGCUUGUGAAUUUCGUAGGGAACUAAUUUUGGGAUUUAUAAUUUGGUGCUCUUACUACAUAUUAUUAUUUUCAUCAAGUUACUUCACUGAACAAGAUGAUUUCGCUUACAAGGCGAGUUCUUGUCUUUUCUCUCUUGUUCAUAUUGGCUUCCAAAACGUCGGCAUCCACCACCACAGAAGAAGCUACAACCACUGAUGCCACAACAGAAGAAGCUUCCUCUACAACGUCAUCACAGGAAACCACAACACAAGGAGCUUCCACUGACAGCACCCAGACAGCAACAACGGAAGAAAAUACGGAAAGUACGGAAACUGCCACAACACAAAGCGUUCCUACGGAAACAACAACAGAGGGAGCUUCUACAGACUCUACCCAGGCAGUUUCCACACAAGAAGCCACAACUGACAGUACCCAGGCAGCCACCACACAAGAAGCAGCAACCGCAAGUACUCAGGCAGCCACUACACAAGAAGCCACAACUGAGAGUACCCAGGCAGCCACCACACAAGAAGCCACAACUGACAGUACCCAGGCAGCCACCACACAAGAAGCAGCAACAGCAAGUACUCAGGCAGCCACCACACAAGAAGCCACAACUGACAGUACUCAGGCAGCCACCACACAAGAAGCAGCAACAGCAAGUACUCAGGCAGCCACCACACAAGAAGCCACAACUGACAGUACUCAGGCAGCCACCACACAAGAAGCAGCAACAGCAAGUACUCAGGCAGCCACCACACAGGAAGCCACAACUGACAGUAAUCAGGCAGCCACCACACAAGAAGCCACAACUGACAGUACUCAGGCAGCCACCACACAGGAAGCAGCAACAGCAAGUACUCAGGCAGCCACCACACAGGAAGCCACAACUGACAGUACUCAGGCAGCCACCACACAGGAAGCCACAACUGACAGUACUCAGGCAGCCACCACACAGGAAGCAGCAACAGCAAGUACUCAGGCAGCCACCACACAAGAAGCCACAACUGACAGUACUCAGGCAGCCACCACACAAGAAGCCACAACUGACAGUACUCAGGCAGCCACCACACAAGAAGCCACAACUGAAAGUACUCAGGCAGCCACCACACAAGAAGCCAUAACUGACAGUACUCAGGCAGCCACCACACAUGUAGUCACAACUGACAGUACUCAGGCAGCCACCACACACACAGACAGUAAGCAGCCACCACACAGCAAGUACCUGACAGGCAGCCACCACACAAGUAGCCACAACUGA